UCAUAGAAGUGGGAUCAUUGGGGGAAACUGUGAGAAAUAAAACGGAGUGGGCACAAAGGCGAUGGAUAAUGAAGGCUUUUGAAAGACGGGCAGACAGGUUGGGACUUGGUUGUGUAAGCGGAAAUGCAAAAGGAUAUGGAUGAGAAGAUGGAUGUUUUAAUAAAUAUACAGAAGAACAGCAAGGUUCCCUUUAGGAGAGGACUGAAGAUGCAGCAAGAACUCAGGCUGAUAGGAAAGACAGACACAGACCUACAGCUCCAGCCCAGGAAAAUGGAUGGAGCUGGUGGAGCACCGCUCUCUCUUCACAAAAAGAUGGCGGCACUGCAACAACCAAAAGACCCAAUGGAUUCCCUUCACCAAUGCGACUCCUGCUUUGAGAAAUGUUUGUUGUGUACCCCACAGAACAACUACGAUCGGGGGAAGAGAAAGAUGGCCCAGGAAGGACCCUUACGAAUAGAGACAAAGUCAGGCUCGGCCUCUGCAAGGGCCACCUCCCAGGAGCACCUCCCAGUGGAGCACACUCUGAAGAUCCUGAUGGCAGAACAGGAGGCUGCAUUGCCCGCUGCCCCUUCUCAAUUCCCUGCUUGUGGGAGACCUGCUCAGAUAGUCCUGCCUCUCUGGAAGCCUGGGUUUUCCCAAAGGGCCUGCUGGUGGGAGGUAAGUGGACACACAAGGGGCGGGAGGGACGGUGACAGGACCAUGGCCAAGAGAGACUCCCCCACGGCAGCCACUGGCCCUGCAGCAGGCGUCACCAGGGUGCUUGGUGCAGAAGCUGUCCUUCGGGAUGAAUCUUGGGCAUUGGGCACAUUGCUUCCGUGCUUCAGCUGCCCACCCCCAAUCCCAUGGCCUCCCGGAGGAUCCCAAGUCAGGCUUGCUGUUGCUCUGGAAGGGUCUGCUGGCUGAACAGGAAGUGAAGCACUGUGGGAGGAAGCCUGUUUGCUCACCAGGCCUGGGUACAACAGGAAAAAGUGGUAUGUGUCCACAGAAGGACUUAAAGCUGAUGUAAAGCCCUGCCUGGUUUGCUAUGCCUUUGAUAAGGCUGCUCUCACCACAGGGCACAUUCCCCCGGUUUUACCUCUCAAAGCCCCAGCCAUUGGUGGUGACAGAGGUCAAAUUAGAGGUUCAAGGGAGGGUUCUAGAGUGCUGAUAAUAUCCUAUUCUUGACCUGGGUGGUGGUGAUACGGGUGUGUGCUAUGUAUAAACAUUUAUUCAUCAAACCGCAGAUGCUAGAUGGUGCAGCUGCUUUGGAAAACAG